GAUCCACGAUUCAAGUAUAUAAUUCAAGUGUACGGCUGAUACACACAGCACCUAUUCUAUAUCGAAUUGGAGGUUGGAGAUUAAGACAAGGUUUGCCAGCAAAAGGAGUAGAAUAUGGUCCUAUGACUGACCUUCCUGACUGGUCUUAUGCAGAUGGAAGACCUGCUCCUCUGUCACAUGGUCAAAGAAAAAGAAUCAAAUUACAAAAACAAUAUUGUGAACAAAUUAUCCAAUUAACAAAGGAAGUGGAUGAAUGUUUUGAGCUUCAAAAAGAGAAAACUGCCAAGGAAAAUGAAAAACGUGAAGCAUUCCUUCGUAACCGUUUGAAACCUAAAGGAGAUGCACUUAGGAAAUAAUGUUAGUUUAACUUUUGUAGAAUUAACAGAAAUUUUAUAUGCUGUAUAUUGUUUUUGCACUAUUUGUAUAGAAUAAAAUGUUUUAUGCUGGUGAAA